UGCGGCAUCGGUUGUGUGGCACGAAAUAAAACGCACGCAUUCUAACGAUACACAAAGAACCUUUCGGCCACGGCCAAAUUGCCGAAGGCGUCUCUUAACGGCAUAACGUUUGGCGCUCACAUCGAAGGAUUCUCUCUUGGGUCCUCGUACGAAUUGAAAUUGUGUAGUGGAAUUUGUCAGGAUCAAAAUGUAAUUGAUAGCAAAGUGUUUUCUAUCCCAUGUGACAUAUUUGGCUCAAUAAACCGACAGCCGUGUAAACAAUUGUGCAAACAUCCCAAACAAAAAAACAAAAAAAUAACACAAGCUAAACCAUAAAGAAAGUCUGACAGUGUGAGUGAAUUGAGAAUCAACAGAUACGCAUUCGGAUAUAGACUCAAACACAUCCUGACACACAUCCCCCCCUCCCUCCGACAAACAGCACCCACUCUUACAUAGAGGACGGGGCACACAAAUUUGAUGUUUUUGGAUGGGAACAAUGUGUGUAAAACGUCGAACCAAGGGCGAAACAAUUGGCUUAGCGGCAUUGGCCAAUGUUUGCCAGGGACAACCGCAACAACAGCAACUGGAGCCACAACAACAACAUGGAAAUAAGGCAGCCACAGCAACGAACUAAUUGUAAUUCAUGGUUACAACUAUCCAAGAAACUGCUGCUACUGGUGGUAAACACGCAUAUACACCCAUCUCAAAAGUACCGCCAUGAAUGAAACAGAGUGCGAGGAUCUCAUUAAAUCUGUAAAAUGGACGGAACCAGCCAAUUUGAUCUCAUUGGCCGUACUCGAGUUCAUCAAUGUUCUGGUCAUUGGUGGCAAUUGUCUAGUGAUUGCCGCCGUCUUUUGUUCGAAUAAAUUACGUAGUGUUACGAAUUUUUUUAUUGUUAAUUUGGCCGUUGCCGAUUUACUGGUGGGUUUAGCGGUGCUACCGUUCUCGGCCACCUGGGAAGUAUUCAAGGUUUGGAUAUUCGGCGAUGUGUGGUGCCGCAUUUGGCUGGCCGUCGAUGUCUGGAUGUGCACGGCUUCUAUAUUGAAUUUGUGUGCCAUAUCUUUGGAUCGUUAUGUGGCAGUCACGCGACCAGUCACCUACCCAAGUAUCAUGUCAACGAAGAAAGCCAAGUCCUUAAUCGCUGGCAUUUGGGUACUAUCAUUUGUUAUAUGCUUUCCGCCGCUAGUCGGUUGGAAGGAUCAAAAGGCCGUUAUACAACCGACCUAUUCGAGGGGAAACUAUACGCUUUAUUAUGCCACCACAAUGUCAAGCACAGAGGAGGAUGGUCAACUAGAUUUAGAUAGCAUUAAGAGACAAGGCGAGGUGGAGACCUCCUAUAAUCCAUACGAUCCCAACUUUGCGCCCAUCGAUGAUUCUGCUGAGAUACGCAUUGCAGCAAUGAGUACAAGUACAACAACUACAAGAACAACAACCACAACAGCAAAUAUAGAAUCAUCAACCACAACAACAACAAAUACGGAUAUGGACUAUGAUCUGCUGAAUUCACCAGCCCAAAAUAAACCUCAAUAUACAUCGGCCAGUUGCCCAUGGAAAUGCGAACUGACCAAUGACCGAGGCUAUGUAUUAUAUUCAGCACUCGGCUCCUUCUAUAUCCCAAUGUUUGUGAUGUUAUUCUUCUAUUGGCGCAUCUAUCGGGCAGCUGUACGCACAACCCGGGCCAUAAAUCAAGGUUUCAAAACCACAAAGGGUUCCAAAGGCAUUGGAUCACGUUUUGAGGAUCAACGUCUCACACUUCGCAUCCAUCGAGGACGAGGAUCCAAUCAACACGACUCUAUGCAUAGUAAUGGCAGCACUCAGAGUACCACGACCACACUGGGAACCCCUUCGCCCGAACGUCUGUCCAAGUAUGCCACACGAAGAAUGAAUCAUCAUCAUGACAAGAUCAAGAUCUCGGUGUCGUAUCCAUCGAGUGAGAAUAUCAAUGAGCUGGCCCAAGACACAAAUGUACCCGAGAGACGAGCAUCGGGCAAUGCUCUCUUUGCCGUGCACUAUAAUGGUUCCCAUGGACGGGGAGACACUACAGAAUCUCAACUCUACAGGCAACAACAACAGCAUGGCAGCGGCGGCAGCGGCAGCACUUGUUAUCUGCAAGUGAGCAAGGCUCUGCCCGAUUUGGCACGUCGCCAGAGCAAUACCAGUGAGGGGGGAGGCGGCAGCGGCUCAUCACAUCUGCGUCCGGCCAACAAGAAGAUGGGCAGACGAAACAUUAAGGCCCAAGUGAAACGUUUUCGCAUGGAAACCAAAGCAGCAAAGACUCUGGCCAUCAUUGUGGGCAUGUUCAUCUUUUGCUGGUGUCCCUUCUUCACCAUGUAUAUUAUACGUCCGUUUUGUCAGGACUGCGUAGAUCCCUUACUCUUUUCGGUGCUCUUCUGGCUGGGCUAUUGCAAUUCGGCCGUCAAUCCCAUGAUUUAUGCUCUCUUCUCCAAAGACUUUCGAUUCGCCUUCAAGCGUAUUAUCUGUCGCUGUUUCUGCUCCCACCCAAGUGUCUCGCUGAAGAGCUCACGACGUGGUUCCGAUAUGUCAGCCAUCCGGGUGCGAGCAAGGACUCCGAGCAUUACUCCCAGUGCUGCUGCCCAUAGCUUUGGGGAUGAGAGCGAACUGCAUCAUUCGGAGAUGAGCAACGAUCCCAGAUGACGUUCGUUUGGGCCCAGCUCAAGCUCGCAGAGCAGCUUGGGUGGGUUACGCAAGACGAGCCUUAAAGUGCCCGUCUAUGAGAUUUGCCAUCCCCUGGUCAUGGAAACAGCCUGCUAUUCGUAUGUGGAGGCAUCCAAUGGAACGGAUGCAACAACUUCCAGUGUAACCAAUGCCACGGGCAGUGGCAAGCGCACACAAUUGUAGCCCCGGGAGCUAUUGGCUCUGCGUGGCCUUGGAUCGGGAGCGACUCCAAUGCCAGGUCAGCGGCCAAGACGCAUAGUUCGUAUCGAGUACAGUGAUGCCAGAGUGUAAAAACCGAGCAAAAAAAUUAUAAAAGGUGGCCAAAUUGCGAAAAAUUUUGUAUAUAAAUAUAUAUAUUAAUAUAAUUUUAGGGUAAGUAGUUAGAAUAUCGCCGACAGAGAGUUGUACCUUUCAAAUUCUUUAAAAUACUUAUAUAAUGUAUACCAAUUCUGUACAAAAUAUGUAAUGCAGUAAACCAAAUUGUUGCUAAUGGCAAAUAAAACAUUAUUCCGUGCUAAAACCAUAAAUAAUUGUUAAUAUGUUAAACGUAAUCGAUGAGAUUUUUUCUGAGAUAAAUAUCUGUGUCAUAAAAUAAAUGUUAGCU